ACUUUUGUUUUAUCUAUUCCUUUACGUAAUAUGCUACGUGAAAAUAUACCUUUUUAAAAUGGGUUUGUAAGAUUAAAUCUGAAAUGUUACGUACUUUAUAAUAUCAUUUCUCUCUCUUGUUUUCGUGCCCUCUCCUGGUGUGUUUUUCUUGCUCAUUAGAUUAAAAUGCAUAAGUAUCCUCCUUGCACUAUGCAUAACUACUGUCAGCAUCAGGCAGUCUUGCAUUUAACCAGCAGCUUUCUAAUUGCAUGCUGGGAUUGAUGCAGAAUUGCAUGCUUGUCAAGACUGUGAACGGCAAAACUUGUGACUUUUCCUCCCCGCCCCCUUCCCCUCUGGUGUGUAUGAGCGGGGGGGGGGUGGAGUUGGGGGCAGACGGCGCGGGACUCACCCCCGCUGGAUAAACGGUAGCAGGUGAUUGGACAGAACCAUAUGUGACAUGAAGCAGCGGAGGCUGCACCUGAGCGUGCUCUCUUACCUCAUUUGAGCUCGGCUGCAGAGAGAGAGGAGAGGGAGAGAGAGAGAGACAUUGAAAGAGAGAAAGAGAGACGGGAAAGAUUAAGCAAGACUGUUGGCGUUUAUGUUUUAAGUUUGAAAAUGCUGUGCACUCAUCCCUACAUAAACUGCAGAGAUGAUAUGAAAUCUCAGCCCUGCGCUUCGCCGAACAAGGGGGUAAUCAAAGUGUACAGUGAAGAUAAUACCAGCCGGGCUGUGGAGGUACCCAGUGACAUCACUGCACGGGACAUCUGCCAGCUGUUCAUCCUGAAGAACCACUGCGUCGAUGACCACAGCUGGACUCUGUUCGAACACAUACCACAUCUGGGCAUCGAGAGAACCAUAGAAGACCAUGAGCCGGUGAUGGAGGUUCAGUCGAGUUGGGGAAUGGACUCAAACUGCUGUCUGUACUUCAGGAAGAAUUAUGCCAAAUACGAGUUCUUCAAAAAGCCUCUUGAUUUUUUUCCUGAGCACAUGGUGUCUAUAUCAAGUGAAACCAAUGGAGUCAUGAACCACUCACAACUAAUCCAGACCUUCCUCAGUUCCAGCUCCUGUCCCGAGAUCCACGGGUUCCUCCACGCUAAAGAACACGGCAGGAAGUCUUGGAAGAAGUUCUACUUUGUUCUGAGAAGAUCAGGAUUGUACUUCUCCAACAAGGGCACAUCAAAGGAACCGAGACACCUUCAGUUUAUUUGUGAGUUCAGCGAGAGCGACGUCUACACGUUAUUAAACGGCAGGAAAGUUUACAGCGCCCCGUCAGACUACGGAUUCUGUGUGAAGGCAAGUAAGUCGAAUGCUGCACGUGACCUGAAGCUGCUGUGUGCAGAUGAUGAACAAACAAGAACGUGUUGGGUUACAGCCAUGCGCCUCUUCAAGUAUGGCAUGCAGCUUUAUCAGAACUUCAUCCAGCCCUAUCAGAAGCAGAAAAGUUCUCCUAUGAGAAGCAUUUCGGAGAACUCACUGGUGGCCAUGGACUUCUCAGGACACAAGAGUCGGGUGAUAGAGAACCCGUCCGAGGCGCUCUCAGUGGCUGUGGAAGAAGGCCUGUCAUGGCGGAGGAAAAGCUGUCACAGGUUGAGCUCUCACGGCAGUCCUUCUACCACUCACAGCUCCAUGUCCAACAUAGCUAUCCAUGUGGCUCAGCCGUGGUUUCACAGUAAAGUGUCCCGGGAUGAGGCUCAGAAAUUAAUCACGCAGCACGGCCUCAUUGAUGGGCUUUUUCUUGUAAGGGACAGCCAAAGUAACCCCAGGACAUUUGUUCUGUCACUGUGCCAUACGCAGAAGAUCAAACACUUUCAGAUUGUACCUGUUGAAGAGAGCGGCGAGUUAUUCUACAGUCUGGACGACGGACACACGCGUUUCACUGACCUGCUGCAACUCGUGGAGUUUUACCAGCUGAACAGAGGCGUUCUGCCCUCAAAGCUUAAACAUCACUGUGCACGAAUCACCCUCUGAAUCGCAGGACGGCCCGUUGAGGCUCCCGAGGACCCCUGCGACGCACCGCGCCCCCACGCGCCUUUAAACACGCGGGGAUAUUUCGGACAUCAGCUUGUGCCUUGGACGGGAAACUCAACCGGCGGAAACCACCCACUUUAUCCGGAGGGUUCACCGUCCACCCCGAGAUGAGCAUCGGGGUCCGACCUGAUCGACUUUAGUGUAUCUUCGCUGAUUUAUGAAAGACUGGUGCUGUCUGCUUGAUAUUAGAAGAGAGCGUGUGUGACACGUAGACUUUUCAGGACCCUGAUGGAGGGAUAAUCAUUUGCGGUGUGGGCGUAGACGGGAAUGUACAGCGUCAAUUUUACAGCGACUAUUUCCUGAAACCACCUUAUUAAGCUACCGAAGAAAGCUCAUUUUGACAUGUAGAGGUGUAAGCGAACUAAAGCUGGGUGUACACUGAACGAUGGUUGCCAGGUUUGUACAUCGUAGGGCAAAAUCAACAAUCUUUAAUUUGUUUGUUUAGAUUUGAUUCAUCUUAUAAAAGUGAUAACUGUACCAUCAAACUUAUAUUGAUAAUCGUGAGCAGACCCCUGACACUCCGAUUUUUUUUAUCUUUUAUUUUUUAGACGACACAUUGUUGACAUGAGUUCCUGCCGUAUGGGUUUCUAUUUUUUGACAGAGGAUGCCAGAUGUAUUGUUAAACGUCCAACAUUGACAAUCGUGACCAAAGCCCUAAAGAUGUACAUUUGACAUCCAACAUGGUUGAUGCCGCACAAUCCGCUUUGGCUUUUACUCACUGGAGUCACUUAAAAGCAACAAUCGUAGAAAUGACAGAUAAACAUCGCACGGUGUGCACCUGGCUUACAAGACAUGGUAUAGCCAUAACCUAAACAUAUAAGCUGAAACUUUUUUGCUGUUUUCCAGAGGGUUACGUUUGACUCUUUUAUUCAUGUGUCAAAAAAUUCAGGUAUUUGUUACACACGGACAUGCUUGUUGCAAGAGAUUCAUGUACGUGCAUGCCAUAGAUGGCACAAUUGUGUUUGCCGCGGACGAUGCUUGACGUUAGACUCCGUGCCGCGGAACGUAUCAUUUCCUCCCAAUGACAGCGACGGGCCUCCGAUAUCACGCGGUUUACAUGGAAGAGCUGUGCGCUCGGGCGAAGAGCGUUUGAGACUAAUCAUGUGACUUAUCGAUGAUCACAGAACUCACAAUUGUUGUAGAUUGAAAUUGAUUUUUAUAGACACGUGGCAGAAUUCAGGUAAAUGGUGUUUUAGACCUGAAUUGGUACAUUUAUUAUGGUGAAAUGAUCAAUGGUUGUUAAAACAUGCUGCAUGUGCAGUUUUCCAGGAGGUCCUGCGUAGUUUAUCUAAAAAAAUGAAGAAGCAACGUUCUUUCUUGAUGUCCAAUAUAAUGGUGCAAAAACAAAGAUUGAAACAUAAACAUUGAACAAAUUCUUGUAAUAAUAGUUAUGAAAUGGCUUGAAGACAUGUCUUCUGGAAAGAUUAGGCACUGUCCACAAAUAUUCAAUCACUUUUUCAAAGCAUUGGAGCCAUAAAUCCCGUUUAGGUAGAUUUUUUUCUAUAUGAUUUUGAAUAGUAAUUAUUGUUUUCAUUGCAAUAAAUGACAUUCUUACAAUUUGUUUUUGUCUUGUUUUGUAAUUACAAAUAUCUAAACAUAUUUGAUUCAAGAUGCAUUUUCUUGACAACAAUAGUGACCUAAGAUAUUUAGUCUUUUUUAAGGAGAAAAAUAUAAGAAUAAAGUAAAUUUAUGAUAAAAAACAAGCAAAAAUCUGACAAUGGGAUUAGACUUGAAUUAGGUACUUUUGAAGUUUAUUUUUCUCACCCCAUUGGCAAAUUCUAUUAUUUUUCGUAAAGCAAGACUAAAUAUCUUCGGUCUCUUUUCUUGUCAAGUAAUUGUAUAUUGAUUUAAGAAGUAUUCGAUAUUUUUACUAAAAACAAGACAAAAGUGCCUAGUAAGAAUGUCAUUUUCUGCAGUGUACUAAUUUUGUGCGCAAUGUUUUCCACAUAACCCCGAUGAACUUCUUUCAACCCAGAGUUAAGAAUCUCAUUCCCUUGCAUUCAAUGUGCUCAACCGAUCAACCCUGUUACCAAAGGUUUUAAAAAGUAUUACAAAUGACAAACAAUAUAUUUUUAAACGCGACAUACCGAUAAGAACAUUUUGUGAAAGUGUGACCUUUAUAUCUUCAAUACUGACUGAGUAAGGACACAUCAAAUAUCGAAUCUCUUGUGAAACCAAUGGUGAAAAUCAAACUUUGAUGCUUCUCUCAGAACUAGAUUUUAGACUUUAGACUGGUUUUCACAGACUGGGUCACAUUUCCCGAAGAUUAUUAACCAACACGUGGUCCCAAACUAUCACACCAAUCAGGUUUUUAUCUGUAAGUAGACCUCAGUCUUAAAAUUUGAUAACAGGGUUCCAGACCUCUUAAAAAAUAAACGGCCGACUAAACAGAUAAUGUAAUGAUUGUUUAACCUCGCGAGGUUGAAUGACGAACCUUUUCUAAAUCUUAAGCACCUCCUUCAUUUUUAGCCGAAGACUCUUUAACUUUUUGUGGAAAGUGCCAUUUAAGAACUGCACGUUCAUCACGUCCACUGGGCCGUUUUGUAGAAACGAAUCAACCGCGUUUUCUCAGUCUUUGAUCUUUUCUGUGUAUGUUUCUUGUAGAAUGACUUGUACAAUGUCGCAAUAUGAUCAAUUGUUUUACAGCUGUGUAUUAAAACUAAAAUUGGGGGGAAAAAAUCACAAAAGCAUUUAAAGGCGUUCAGAUGGUCAAGGUUAUAAUUGCACUGUAGUUGAAACACUGGGAACUUGACUUCUUUUCGUGAUGCUCAUCCAGUACGAUAAGAUUCCUUUUCUCUGACUGUUAGUUUUUAUUUCAUGAUGAUGUUUUAAGGAUAUUUUGUGUCUGUUAUUGCCGCCAUAUCAUCCAAGUACAUGGAUCUGCGUCUGUCUGGAUGCUGGACUGUAGGUGAAAGGAAACGACCGUGAUUUUGUACAUUAUCAUGUUCUUUUCAAGAGCGAAGAUCAAUUACAGCAGAUGUGCUUGUGAUUUUCUGAUUGUAUCAGAGUGGAAACCCACCCACAGUCAUAUUGCCUGCAUUGAAAUCAGAUCCAAUCAAAAGCCUGCGUCUGAUCAAAGAACUCAGUCAUUUUCUGAGUCCAAUGUUUAGUGAACAUUCACUCGACGUUGUGUGUGUCGUUGACUUUUGUUUUGCAUUUUUUAUUUCUGUUAUUUUAUGUAAAUGGAAAACUCACUCUACCUUUUAUUUCCAGUUUGUUUAAUGACAUUGACAGCAAAUAAACUUGAAACACCUUGCUCCA